CCGGAGAAUCAAAUUAAUAACCUAACCAAUGAGUGCAGAAAACUUAUUAGCAUCGGCAGCCAUAAACAUCGGCCUUGCUAUUGUCAUCUUAUGUUUAUUUUCGAUUUUACGUAAGCAACAUUCAAAUGCCAAUAUUUAUUACUCUCGUCUCCUCUCCCUUAACCAUCCGCUUUCUUUCGAUCCUUCUUUUCGACGGUUUCUUCCUUCCGUUGAUUGGAUCCGGGAGGCUGUUCGAGUCUCCGAGGAUGAAAUUCUUUCUAGCUGUGGCCUUGAUGCACUCGUUCUCAUUCGAUAUUUUAAAUUCGGGAUGAAGUUUUUCAUGAUAUGCUCUGCUGUUGGAUUGAUGGUUCUUCUUCCACUCAACUGUUCUACAUCCUCUGCUUCAAAGUCAAACUCUCGUUCCAUGGACUCUCUCACAAUUUCCAACAUUCCUAGAGGAUCAAACAGGCUUUGGGUGCACUUUGCGUCAUUGUGCAUUAUAUCUUUUUCGGGAAUCUAUCUGCUUCACAAGGAAUACAAGGUUAUCCUUGUGAAAAGAGUUCAACAAUUGCGUAACCUGAGGCAGCAACCAAGUCAAAUCACAGUUCUGGUUCGACAAAUUCCUUUAUGUGAUGAACACAAAGCCGUUAGUUGCAGUGUCGAUCAUUUCUUCUCCAAAUACCAUCCUCAUGCUUAUCAUUCGUAUCAGAUUCUAUACGGCGGAAAACAUCUUCAGGAGUUGCCAGUUGCUUUUGUUACAUUUAGGUCUCGUUGGGAUGCGGCACUUGCUUCACAAACACAGCAGCAUCCAAAUCCAUUACUUUGGAUUACUCAAAUGGCCCCAGAACCGAGAGACGUGCUAUGGAAGAACUUAUCGAUUCCUUACAAGUAUCUUGUAAUAUACAGAACUGUGGUAUUUGUCACAGAAGUUCUUUUCACGAUAUUUUUUGCUAUUCCAGUAGCAGCUGUCCAAGGAGUAGCACAAUAUGAAAAACUAAAAAAAUGGUUUCCUCCAGCCAUGGCUGUUCAGUUGAUUCCAGGAUUGAGCUCAGUGGUUACAGGAUAUCUUCCAAGUGUCAUUCUUAGCGGAUUUGUAUACAUUGUCCCUUUUGUUAUGAAAGCAAUGGCGAGAUUAGCGGGCUAUGUGUCAAGAAGUCAACAGGAACAAAAGGCUAGCAAUAUGAUAUUCUAUUUUUUAUUGGGAAAUGUUUUUUUCUUGAGUGUUUUAUCCGGGUCAUUACUUGAUCAAAUUGGGAUAACUUUUGAUCACCCUCGGGAAAUACCAAGCCGUCUUGCAGGGGCGGUCUCUGCUCAAGCAGACUUUUUUAUGACCUACAUUUUGACAAGUGGGUUGGCUGGAUUUUCUCUUGAGAUACUUCAACCUGGAUUAUUUACAUGGGAUAAAAUGAAAUCGCAUACAUGGGGCCGAGGAAAAAUGAAAUCCAAUUACUUAUAUUCAUUUCCUUAUCAUAGAACUAUUCCAUUUGUUUCUCUUUUUGUACUUGUUGGCAUCGUGUAUGCAGUUAUUGCACCAUUGCUUCUUCCAUUUCUAGUUGUCUACUUCCUUCUCGGAUAUGUGGUAUACAUCAAUCAGUUGCAUGACGUUUACGAAAUUACAUAUGAGACGUGUGGCCAGUAUUGGCCGCAGAUUCAUCAUCAUGUAGUUGUAGCCAUCAUCAUCAUGCAAGUCACCAUGAUUGGGCUGUUUGGACUGAAAUCGAAACCCUCUGCAUCUGUCGCGACAAUACCAUUACUUGUUGUCACUAUCGCUUACAAUGAGUAUUGCAAGUUCCGUUUUCUUCCUACAUUUUACAAAUGCUCGGUCCAGGAUGCAAAGGAUAACGAUGAACUUGACAAGGAUGGUCCGAGUGAUGCUGCAUGUUGCAGAGCUAUUGAUGCAUAUCGUCCACCAUCCUUGCCUAAAGCAUGUGCAGCCAUGGAAGAAUCAUCCUCUUCACAACCAUUAUUAGCCUAGUGAUUCUUUUGAUUUUCUCUUUCUGGGAGUAGAGGCAGCCCUCUUUGUUUUUGGGAUGGGUGUGGACAUUUCAUUGCAUUUUUUAUCUGAAGAGGUUGUGUAGGUGAUUUAGAAGCUUUGACAUUUUCGUCUAUAAGGCCAAGAUUUUCCGUUUUGUUUUGUUCAUCUACAGAUUACUCGUAUAAUAACUGUAUCUGGGCUGAAAAAUUUGUAAAAUGGUAAUGAAUCU